AUGAUAUAGUAUCAAGUACUAAAUAAGGGAACUAUCAGUUCUCUUUGGUACUUCGAUCUAUAUAGCCUGUCACGCAAGUUGAUCGUUUAACAUAUAAGCAGUCAAAUAUGUCAACUGUACAGGAUCACAUUACCUUUUGGAACGGGGAAAAAAUGCCCAUCGUUGGGCUUGGAACUUGGCUGUCUUCAAAAGAAGAGAUUCAGACAGCAGUCAAUUCUGCGUUAGAAGCUGGUUAUCGUCACAUCGAUACCGCUUACGUCUACUUGAAUGAAGGUGCUAUUGGAGAGGUACUUCAAGAAUGGAUUCAAUCUGGAAAGAUCAAAAGGGAGGAGCUCUUCAUCGUUACCAAACUACCUAUGACCGGAAAUCGUUCAGAGAAUGUGGAAAAAUUUCUCAGGAAAUCUCUAGAAAAUCUUCGAUUAGAUUAUGUCGAUCUGUAUCUGAUUCACGCACCGGUCGGUCUAACUGGCAAGGACGACAACGAUAUCUUCCCUCUCAACGCCGAUGGAUCUGUUGUGUUGGACAUGACCACAGAUUUGGUUGAUAUUUGGAAGUCAAUGGAAAAUCAAGUAGACUCUGGCUUGACCAAAUCGAUCGGUGUGUCAAACUUCAACGAAGAACAACUUGGACGAAUUAUCAACAAUGCUCGCAUCAAGCCAGCAAACAUACAAGUAGAAUUGCACACUCAAUUUCAGCAAAAAUCCCUCAGAGAUUUUUGUGAGAAACACGGAAUAACAAUUUGCGCGUAUGCUCCUUUGGGUUCACCGGGUCGGAAUGCUUUUUACACUGGACUCGGUAUUGAUUCGCCGAUAUCCAUUCCUGAUUUACUGCAACACCCUGUGGUCGCCAGAAUAGCUAAAAAACACAAUAAAACAAAUGCCCAAGUUCUUCUCAAAUACCUGAUGGAACUCGGAAUAGCCGUUAUUCCAAAGAGUGUUAAUCCGGAGCGUAUCCUCGCAAAUUUUCAGGUAUUUGACUUUAACCUGUCACCUAUUGAUAUGGCCAAGUUAAGAGAACUGGACUUAGGAGAGGCAGGACGCACGUUUGAAUUCACCAAGUCAUUCAAAGGAACUGCCAAACACCCAGAAAAUCCUUUUCCGCGCGUAUGAGUGAAAGUUUGAUUGACAAAUACAUUCCGUACGGUAGUAACAAUAGGCAGAAAAAAAAAUGCAACUUCACCAACGUAAAACCACGUUCUGCGCUUGAAUGAAAUAAAAGAUUCAAAUUAA